ACGUUCCAUCGAAGCCUGAACUCUGAGUUGGCGUGUGUGGCUGUUUUCCACCGGCAGGCCCAGGUGAGUGAAUACAUCGGAGCACUUGAGGAACUCAAGGUCACCUGUGUCGCCCAAUCAGCCGAGAGUAUUCAGGAGUGCAUCAUUGUUGUUGUUGUAAAUUCAGAUAUGCUGACAUCCGUUGUCAGAAGGGGUCUGGUUGCACAGGUGCACGAUGAGAAGCAGGGAGUGGAGGCACCGUUAUAA